CAACGCAUAGAUCUCUUCCUGAUUGUUAUCUCCGGCCAACGUCCCCCUAAGCAGUCUCACCUCGCCACUCACCUCAAACACGCGCCUGCCGAGGAUGAGUGACUACCGCCUUCCUACGUCGGUGCGGCCGACGCAUUACGAACUUGCAGUCCGCACUGAUCUUGCUGCGUUGCGCUAUGAGGCCGAGGUGAUCAUAUCGCUCGAGGUUCUGGAGGACACGCCUACCAUCGUGUUCCACAUGCACCCUUCCCUCUCCGUCACUCACCUCGCCCUCAACGCAGGCUCGACGCAGGAGCUCGCUCUCUCGGCCCUCCACACCGACGCGGAUAAGGAGAGGGCGACCGUUAAACUUGCAGAGCCGCUCAAGAAAGGCGCCGCAAAGCUUGCCGUGCGUUAUGAAGCCGAGCUCAACGGUAAUAUGAUGGGGUACUACCGCUCCAACUCGGACCCAGACGAGAACGGAAAGCGUUUGGUCUAUGCGCUCACGCAGUUCGAGCCCACCGCUGCCCGCCGCGCGCUCCCGUGCUGGGACGAGCCGCUGUUCAAGGCGACCUUCGGCGUUACCCUCAUCGCGCGCAAGCAUGAAGUUGUGCUGGCCAACAUGGACGCUGAGGGCUGCAAACCAUUUUCCCCGGCCGCCGUCAAGUUUGAGGAUAUCUUCGCGGACGGAUACGUGGCGGGUUCCACGCUCGCCCCAACCUUCUCCAGCGCCUCCAACCCCGAUGGAUGGGUAGCGACGCGCUUCACGCCGACGCCACUCAUGUCCACGUACCUUCUAGCGUGGGCGUGCGGGGAGUUUACGCACAUCGAGGCUUUGCACAAGUCAGCAAUCACGGGAAAGACCAUUCCUUUGCGUGUGUACGCUACCAACAACAUUGACCAGGCUAAGAUGGCUCUUGACGCGACUGCGUCUGCCCUCAGGGUGUACGAGGAGCUGUUCCGCAUCGCGUAUCCCCUUCCUAAGCUUGACACGCUUGUCGCCCACGACUUUGACAUGGGCGCGAUGGAAAACUGGGGCCUGAUCACUGGUCGCACCGCAGCUUAUCUCGUCAACGAGCGCAGCAGUCUCGCGUCCCUCAAGCGAUGCGGGACGAUUCAGUGUCACGAAGUUGCGCAUAUGUGGUUCGGCAACAUUGUUACCAUGAGGUGGUGGGAUAAUUUGUGGCUCAACGAGGCGUUUGCAACGCUCAUGGGCUCCCUUGUGCUGCCAGAGCGUAUCUGGCCGGAGUGGAAAAUGGCGGGCGAAUUCCUCGAGGCGCACUGGGAUCGGGCCCUCAGUCUCGACGCCAAGCGUUCCAGUCAUCCCAUCCAAGUCGAGUGUCCCGACUCCAACAAGAUUGCGACCAUCUUUGACGCCAUCAGCUACUCAAAGGGCGCGUCGGUACUGCGAAUGCUGAUGAGCGUUGUCGGGGAGGAGAAGUUCUUCCAAGGAGUUGCCACGUACCUCAACAAGCACCUCUACGGCAACGCUGAGAUGCAGGACUUGUGGGACGGUAUUUCCAGCUCGGUUGGCAAGGACGUCGGCGACAUGAUGAACGCGUGGACCAUGCGGGUCGGAUUCCCCGUUGUGCGCGUAGAGGAGCUCGGCAAUAGUAAACUCAAGCUGUCGCAGGCCCGUUUCUUGUCGACAGGAGAUGCCAAGCCCGAAGAGAACAAGACGACCUGGUGGGUGCCGCUCGAGGUCAAGACUGUCGACAAGGAUGGCGCCCAGGUUGACCACUCUGCGGUCCUUUCCGAUCGUGAGAUGGAGUACAAUGUCGCCAGCGACACUUUCAAGCUCAACGCCGAGGCCGUUGGCGUGUAUCGUGUCGCAUACACGCCUGAGCGGCUCGGCAAACUUGGCUCGCAAGCUGCGAGCUUCAGCCCGGCGGAUCGACUUGGCCUCAUCAAGAACCGAUGA